UUGAUAGUGUUGGUUUAACACCGUGCAAAAUUGGCGCCUUGUCCCUUUAAAAAGGGUUUGCAUGUCUGUCAAUCGAGCGAGUCAGAGCGGCCAGUAAUUCGCUGACUAAGACUUUCCUGCCGUGUUUUCUCACCAGCCUGUGAGGAAGCGAAAUAAAGAGGCUUUGUGGCAAACAUGAGUUUAUCUCUGGAAAUGGGGUGCACAACAGGAACUAGAAAACAGGAACUGGACAGAGGUGUCUGGACAGCAGCUAUUAUAGUAGCCAUAGUGGGUCAGGAGACUGAGUCAGGGUGUGAGCUGGGAUCAUGUGCCGGACUCUGGGCUGGUCCCUCUGCUGCGGGCUGAUAAAAGACUGAGGUGGAGCUCAGCCAGGACGCACAGCCCCGAACCCAAGAAUGUGUGGAAUGACCUUUGACCUGCUGUGCUUCUGAUCAGCAGCAACCAGCUGCAGCUGGGUGACCACAGCACAAACUGGUGAGGUUUCAACAGAGAGGUCUUCCUGCCAGUAGGUGGAGGAAGCGGAAGAUUACACAGUGUGAGUUUGACUUCUCUCUGGUGCGUUUGGAGUUGUUCUCAGGUUUGGUUUGUUCCCACAGAUGGAGCUCAGACUGGUGUCCGUCCUGAUGGCGGCCAUCCCUGUGGCCUUCUGCUUCCCCACGGCUUUCCAAGACCUGGAGGGAGCCGCCAAGAACAGGACCUCCAUAAAGUUCUUGGCUGUGGGGGACUGGGGCGGGGUGCCGUACCCACCCUACAUCACUGCGGUGCAGAAGGCCACUGCCCGGGAAAUGAGUAGGAUAGCUGCGCAGAUGGGAACCGACUUUGUUCUGUCCCUUGGCGACAACUUCUACUACAGUGGCGUGGACAGUGUGGACUCUCCACGGUUUAAGGACACGUUUGAGAUGGUCUACACGGCAAAGUCUCUCCAGGUGCCUUGGUACGUGCUGGCUGGGAAUCAUGACCACGCUGGGAACGUUAGAGCUCAGAUCGAGUACAGCAAGAAGUCUGACCGAUGGAGGUUUCCUGGCUACUACUACGAGCUGAACUUCCGCAUCCCGAGCACAAACAAGACCCUGACCAUCAUCAUGCUGGACACAGUGCUGCUGUGUGGGAACUCUCUGGACUACCUGGACGAGAAGCCGCGAGGGCCGCUGCGCGCUGUGGACGCCAACCGCCAGCUGACCUGGCUGCAGCAGCGGCUGGCUCAGAACAAAGCGGACUUCCUGCUGGUGGCCGGUCACUACCCGGUGUGGUCCGUGUCCGAACACGGUCCCACCGAGUGCCUCCUGCGAAGGCUUCGCCCCCUGCUGUUGAAGUACAAAGUCACCGCGUUCCUCUGUGGGCAUGACCACAACCUACAGUACAUUGAAGAGUUGGACGUGGGCUACAUUGUCAGCGGCGCUGGAAACUUCCUGGACCCCGACGUCCGACACUGGAACCGCGUUCCGAAAGACUCUGUGAAGUUCUUCACCGGUCAAGCGUCCACGCUGGGCGGGUUUGUCCACGCCGAGGUCACAAAAGACAAGAUGAUAGUGACCUUCCUCCAGGCCAAAGGAACCUCCCUGUACCGCACCGUCCUCUCCCCGCGGGACAGAGAUGCUCUCUAACGCACCAGAUGCCCUCCAGAUAUGAAGCCUAGUCACCAAUCCAGUCUUAGCAAUGCCUGUUUUUAAACCCAGAUUUUAAAUUUGAUUUUGUAUCACAAGAAUAAAUAUGUCGUUUUUAAGUGU